GUCAUGGUGAGCAGAAGAGAGCACCCUCAGAAACAUGCCUCAAACCUUUAGACUAAAACAUACUUCAGAUGAGUAACAAAUUAAGUAUGGAACAUAACCCCGACUUUGGAAGGAAAUCUUUCUCUUUUUUUUGGCAAAUAUUUGACCUGCGUUGCUGUUUUGCGCAAGCAGUUAGAACAUCACGCACACACACACUCACACACACACACACACUAACAGCAGACUUGUCAACUGCGCGCUCUGCAACCUGUAGAACCGACUAAAAGAAGACAAAACAUACAUAAAGGAGAGGAAUAUGCAAAGACACGCAGGCGUUUGUGAGCUCCGGAUGUUUUGCAGAAAUGGAUCAGUUUCAGAGCGUCAUACCUGAAAAACUCCGUGGAUUAUGACUGUUCAUCACUUCUGUCGGCAUGUGUUCGAGAGGGAAAUAUGAACUCCUCGAAAGUGAAUCAGAAGCCAAGCCUUCGAGCAAGAGGAUUAGUGCCCUGAAGAUCUUCUACGUCAUCGGCUUUGUAUCAGCGUUCACCUUCAUCGCCUUCAUUUAUUUCCAAGACUUCGCCCAGAAUGCAAGCUGGCAAACCUACGAACCCAAGCCCACAGACGCUCCCCCAACAAACCGAACAUUCCUCGAGGAAGCACCUACGGCCUGCGGUGUUAUAAUAAACGAAGGGCCUAUGAUUAAAGUGGGCGAUCUAAACACAUACGUGACCGGCUCUUAUAUGGACCACCGUUUCCGGGAGGUUAAAUCAAUUGCGAUUGUUAAUCGGCAACAAUUAGUGACGUAUUCAUGCGUGCUAUGCUGUAAUGGGAAAAACGUGACCACGUUAGCGCAUUACGCUAUUCAUUCAGACCACUUCGGUUUUGAAUACGGCACAGCCACUAUUGCAUGCCCAUUAAAUGACGAGUGUUUAAAACCAACGCAUGUUGCUUUAACAUCAUCAGCCAAUCACUCUGAAAGCAUCACAUCAUUCCAAAGCAUCAUGAAUAGAGACGUUCCUGCGGCAUUCCCACAUCAGUUCACCGUCUGCAUCUCUGUCAUGUACGACUAUACGAACGUUCUCAAUCUAGUUGAAGCAAUGGAGAUGUUUCGACUUCUCGGCGCAACAAGAGUUGCGAUAUAUCGAACGAACUGCGAUUCGAACGUGCAGAAGGUUUUGGAUUAUUACGUAGAGCGAGGAUUCGUCGAAGUCAUCCCGUGGACUAUUAAAAAACACGUCCAAGUGUCUAGAGGAUGGAGGAAGGACGUAUCAGGAGGCGAGCUGCACUAUUACGGACAGAUUCCUGCACUGAACGACUGCGUUUAUCGAUAUAUGUACCAAAGCCGAUAUGUGGCUCUACAUGACAUGGAUGAACUCAUUUUACCUUUCGGUGUGAAAACGUGGACGGAGAUGUUGCCGAAUUUGGAGAAAAUGUACGGGACUACCUUUGGGUUUGAGUUCGAGAACAACCAAUUCCCUUUCACAUCUAAAGCCAAUAGGAGAUAUGAUGUAAACGAUUGGGAGAGCGUACGGGGAACUAAUAUACUGAAAUACAUCCAGCGAGUGCCCAAUGAUCCCAACGCUUUUAAUAAUUUUAAGGUGAUUGUGAACCCGCGGCUGGUUCUGAUGGCUACUGUACAUGGCUUGCUGGAUACUGUGAAUGUCGGUAAGCACACGGUCAGGGUAAACAGAAAUGUCGCUCGAAUGUACCACAGUAAAAACUUAACAUAUCCGCUGAACACAAAUCUCAUCCCCGAUAAUCAUCUCUGGGAUUAUGCGGAUGAGCUGAUACCUGCGGUUACUAAAGUUUUACAGGACUGUGGGUUCAUUACGGGUUAGGCUUUACUGCACUGAGGUGUUGCUGUCAAAGAUUAUUAAUAAAAUACGAUGUCAAAACAGUAAACGCGUGUUCUGAUGAUGGCAUUCAGAGGAAGCAGAA